GUAUAAAGGCCAGACGGCACCAAAACCUUUCAGAAAGCAGAGGAUAAUAACCCAAAAAAUGAACACGAUUCAUUUCUUCGUGGCCAUUGCGGUCGUAGCUUGCUGGGCGAUUUCAGCAACAGCACAAACGAUUCCAACAACGGUCGGACCGACAACAACAAGACCACCAUAUCCACCAGGUGUCUGUGGAAAAUAUUUCCCCUACAUCUCCAGAAUGACUUGCUGGGAAUGGGGUGGCAAGUGCUAUUGCGCAAGUUUUUGUAUAGACUACGUUGGAUGCAGCGGCGACAGGGAAAACUGGGAAGGGGCAUACGAGAGCUGCUUAGAGCAAAACAUGACGCUGUUGACUAUUGAAACGCCAGAAGAGGACAAGAUGAUUGACGACUUCUUUCAACUCAAUCACGAAUACAGUUACUCGGAGGAUGCCUAUUGGACGUCGGGCAAAUACUCUGACCUCGGCAGCCAAUGGGAAUGGAAUCCCGACUGGUUUCCAGUUGAUGACAACUAUGGAAAUGACACGACGACUGCAGCACCAGCAACGCCGCCACCAGGGACGCCAAUGGGCUACACCAACUGGUAUCCAGGGCGACCGAACAACAACAAAGACGGGCAUCAGCACUGCCUCGGUCUCGUUUUCUUCUACGGCGUCACCUACGAAAACGGACAUUGGGACGAAUUUUCGUGCGAUAGUUUCUACCAUUUUAUCUGUGAAGCAUCCCCGUGAAUAUUCACAAAGUAAAAUACAAAUAAAAAUUCUAGACGGGCAAUUUAAAA